AUGAGCGGCGCCACCACUCCUCUGCCUACCGGCGCGAGCACCCCGGACAUCCGUACCCGGGAGCUCAAGCAGCCCAUGGACGUGGCUGAGUACCUCUUCCGCCGUCUGCACCAGGUCGGUGUUCGCUCUGUCCACGGUCUUCCCGGUGACUACAACCUGGUUGCUCUCGACUACCUGCCCAAGUGCGGUCUCAACUGGGUUGGCAACGUUAACGAGCUCAAUGCUGGCUACGCCGCCGAUGGCUACGCCAGAAUCAAGGGCAUCUCUGCCAUUGUCACCACUUUCGGUGUCGGUGAGCUGUCUGCCAUCAACGCCAUUGCUGGUGCCUACUCGGAAUACGUUCCCGUCGUCCACAUUGUCGGCUACCCCACCACCGCUGCCCAGAAGAACAACCUCCUGCUCCACCACACCCUGGGCAAUGGCGACUUCAACUCGUUCGCCGACAUGAGCCGCAAGGUCUCUUGCGCCAUGUCCAUGCUCAACGACCCCCACGAGGCUGCCACCCUGAUCGACGAUGCCAUCAAGAAGUGCUACAUCCUCUCCCGCCCCGUCUACAUUGCCCUGCCCUCCGACAUUGUCACCAAGAAGAUCGAGGGUGACCGCCUGAGGACCCCCCUGAACCUUGAGUUCUCGCCCAACCACGAGGAGAAGGAGGACUACGUCGUCGAGGUCGUCCUCAAGUACCUCCAGGCCGCCAAGAACCCUGUCAUCCUCGUUGAUGCUUGCGCUAUCAGGCACAGGGCUCUGGAGGAGACCGACGCCCUGAUCAGGAAGUCUGGCAUCCCCACAUUCGUCGCUCCCAUGGGCAAGAGCGCUGUGAACGAGACCCUCCCCAACUACGGUGGUGUGUACGCUGGUGACGGCUCCAACGCCGGUGUCCGCGAGCGUGUCGAGUCUGCCGAUCUCAUCAUCAGCAUUGGCGCUGUCAAGUCUGACUUCAACACCACCGGCUUCACCUACCGCACCUCGCAGCUCAACACCAUCGACUUCCACAGCUACGGUGUCACCGUCAAGUACUCGGAAUACCCCGGUGUCCGCAUGAACGGUGUCCUCACCAAGGUCACUGCCCGCCUGCCCCAGCUCAGCAUCCAGGGCGGCCCCGUCCCCAGCAACACCGUCCCCAAGGCCGUUGCCGAGAGCUCAGACCCCACCAUCACCCAGGCCUGGCUCUGGCCUCGCGUCGGCCAGUGGCUGCGUGAGAAUGAUAUCGUCAUCACUGAGACCGGUACCGCCAACUUCGGUAUCUGGGAGACCCGCUUCCCCAAGGGUGUCACUGCCAUCUCUCAGGUUCUCUGGGGCUCCAUUGGUUACGCCACUGGCUGUCUGCAGGGUGCCGCUCUCGCCGCCAAGGAGCUUGGUCGCGACCGCACCAUCCUCUUCACUGGUGACGGCUCCUUCCAGCUGACCGCCCAGGAGGUUUCCACCAUGAUCCGCAGGGACCUCAACCCCAUCAUCUUCGUCAUCUGCAACGAUGGCUACACCAUUGAGCGCUGCAUUCACGGUUGGGAUGCCGUCUACAACGACAUCCAGAACUGGAACUACAAGGACCUCCCCGCCGCCUUCGGUGCUAGGCCCGAGCAGUACGCCACCUACCAGAUCAAGACCAAGGACGAGCUCAACCAGCUCUUCGCCGACGAGGACUUCAACGUGAGCAAGAAGCUCCGCUUCGUCGAGCUCUACAUGCCUCGCGAUGACGCGCCUGCUGCUCUGAUGCUUACUGCUGAUGCUGCUGCCAAGCGCAACCUUGAGUAA